CUGUUCAUUUGUAGAAAAGGCGAAAACAAUAAUAUUUAUAAUGUUCUAGGAUAAUUCAAUGUUUUUAUUAAAAGUUUGAAUGAAAUUACUUAGUGUUGUGUGUUUAAAUUUAAUAAAAUGACGACGGCGAAGAAUAACGGGCCUAUUAUAGACCCGGCGCUAUGUAGAUGCUGUAGAGCUAUAAAAAAAUGCAGGAUUCUCACAGCCGAAUAUACUUGGACGGACAAAAAGGAAGUCUACGCGGAUAUGUUUAUGGACUGUUUCGGCAUAUUGCUGUCACACGUAGACGGCAGCGAGAAAGAGUGCGGCGUAUGCGCCACAUGUGUAGUGAGAUUACGAGACGCAUGCGCCUUCCGAGAGCAGGUUCUUCAAUGCGAACAACUGUUUUUGGAAGCUAAGCUCCAAGUUAAGGAGAAUGAAGAAGAGCCUAAAAAGGAUCUAGACAUUGAGUUGAAGACAGAACCGAAAGAUGACAUUGAAAUUGAUAAUCAUUCCUUACCUGAUACAGAGCCAAUACAUGACGAUGGCAUGUCCGUCGGGGAUUAUUCUGCUGAUGAAGAUUACAAACCACCGAAAAAAGAAGGCACUCCACCUCCUCUAGGUAAAACAACCAAUAAGGUGACCUCGAAGACGAUAGAAGAUAACGACUAUUCAGACUCAUCGUCUAACUCUGACAAGCCAUUGAAGAGAAAAAAGAAAAUUGUCAAGAAGGGAAAGAAGGCUAAUGGGACACAGAAGAGGGAAAAGAAAAUGAAGCAGAAACCUGGUACAUCAAAGAAAGCAGCUCCCAGAAUGGUAAAAAAACCUCCAGUUGAAAAGAAACAUAAUUACGAUAGGGACUUAGAUUGCAUGGCAGAAGAGAAUCUUCUGACCAUUAUCCAGUACUCCUAUGUUUGCCCCUUCAAAAAUAGGCGAAAUAAUUACUAUUGCUUUUAUUGUAAAGACUAUUAUCCCAAACCCGAGGACUUGAGAGAGCACACUUUAACACACGACACAAAACCGUUUCAGUUAUUGAUGGGUUAUAAAAAAAUGCCAAAAUUGGACGUAACAAGGAUAGACUGUAAACUGUGCCCAAUGAAAAUUGAUGAUUUAGCCGUUUUCAAACAACACGUAGACCAAAUUCAUGGUAAGAAAAUUUACUUCGAAGCUCCGGACAAAAUGUUGCUUUACAAGUUGACAUGGAACGAUUUAGUAUGCGUUAUAUGUAGUGAUGUUUUCGAGGAUUUCAAUACGUUGCAUACGCAUAUGGUCGAUACGCAUUUCAGCAAUUUCACAUGCGACGUCUGCGGUGUUUGUUUCUUAGAAAAACCACGUUUAGACGCCCACUUGAAACGACACAAAGACGACGAAAGGCAUACGUGUGAGAUUUGCGGGAAAGUUUUUAAAUCUAACCACUACAAAGACAUGCAUGUGGAUAUAGUGCAUAAGAAAAAAGCUAUAAUACGUUGUCCUCGAUGCGAUGAGUGUUUCAUGUCUUACGCGGCGAAAAAUAAACAUCUUACAGAAGCUCACGGUCAGAAAAGAACUUAUCCUUGUAACCUAUGCGAUAAGGUUUACAAUAGACAGAAAACUUUAACAGAACACCAGAGGAGGAACCAUCAGAAGGUCUUGAAACAUCAGUGCGAAUACUGUGAUCAAAGAUUCUAUCUACCUUCAAGGUUAAAAGAACAUAUGGCGACGCACACUGGCGAAAGAAAUUUCCGGUGUGAAUAUUGUGAAAAAAGUUAUCCCAGGUUGAAAUCUUUGCAAUACCACAUUAGAACUCAUACGAAUGAUAGGAGAUAUAGAUGCCAUCUUUGCGGGCAGGCGUUUAUACAGAACGCCAGUUUAAAAUCCCAUAUAAAGAGCCAUCAUCCUGAAUGUGAUAUUGAGGGGUGUUAUUUUUAAAUAAUUUAGAUUUUUAGCGAGUGUUUAACUUUUGUAUGGGACAGGGCUUUCAUUUCGGAACUAUCGAAAUUUUUGAGACUCAAUUAAAAGUAUUAAAAAUCUAAAUAAAAACAAAUAUUUACUCGCUGCAGACUCGGCCAUCAAUUAUCGGAACGGGAUAGCGAUAUUGCGGUUUCUCUCACCUGAUUAGUGACGUACGCACGUGACGCGUGCGCAUGCCCGUUAUCGAUAAAAACUUCUAAAAAUCUUACUAUAAGCCAACUGUCAUUAUACUGGUUACAUGAACAUGGCAACACUGUGGAGUGUCGCUUAGUGUAAUCUAUAGACGUUGAAGAAGGGUAAUGAUAAAAUUAGGUCGUCUCUAUCUGAUACUAUGAAAGCCCUUUGUUUUUUAUGUAUAUACUCAUUAUAAAAAUGAAAAAAUAACUUUCGUAAAUAAUUUCUAAAUUCAGUUAAUAAAAAACUUCAUUAAAAGUCAUGUCUUGAUUUACUUAUUUUUGAAAUUGUCUCAAAAGUCACGUUUUUUUCGGGAUUUUCAAGACCGCACCUAGACUCGAUACUUUUUUACGGGACUCGGAAAUGCAGCGAGAAUGAAAGCCCUGUGAGACACCGCUAAAUAUAUACAAUCUGUGAAUAUUCUAUCUUAACACAUUUACAUAGUCUUCAAAUUUGCAAUUUAAAACAGUGACUAUUUGUUUAGCUACCAAAAUGACCUUUCUUGCAACUAGUGAUCAUACUCAUGAAUAUUCAUGACAACGAAAACCUCCAUUAGU